AUGCAAACACCAUUACCAUCAUCUCAAUCAAUAACAGUCAAUUUGGAUUCAUCAUAUAAAAUAUCCACUGAACAACUUCAUGUUCUACCAACAAGUAAUAUUUCAAUAUCAUUUCGUUUUUUACGUCCUGGUGAUCAAUCGGAAGUAAAAUCUCUUUGUUGUGAUUGGUUUCCUAUUGAAUAUCCUGAUCUAUGGUAUGAUGAUAUUGUACAUGAUCCAAAAUAUUUUGCUUUAGCUGCAUGUGAAACAAAUACACAACGAAUAAUUGGUUUAGUUGUUGCUGAUAUACUUCCAUUAGGCAGUUGUAAUCGUGAAGAUCAACAAAUUUUACAUAAAUCAUUCUCAUUAACAACACCAGUUUGUUAUAUACUAAUAUUAGGUGUUGAAAAAGAAUAUCGACGGCAAGGUUUAGCCGGUAUUUUAUUACAACAUUUAUUAAAUACAUUACAUGAACGUGCAACAUGCAAAGCUGUUUAUUUACAUGUUUUAUAUUCAAAUAAACAAGCAAUUAAAUUUUAUCAAUCAAAACAAUUUCAAUAUCGUGUACAUUUACCACAUUAUUAUUGUAUAAAAGGUGAUAAUUUCGAUGGUUACUGUUUUGCACUUUAUAUCAAUGGUGGUUAUCCACCAUUUACUCUAGGUGAUUUCGUUUCUAAUUGGUGGAUCUAUUUAAUAGGAACAAAUCCUUGUCGUUUAAUUCAAACGUUUGGAAAUUUUAUCACAAAUAGAUUUAUAUUUACAGAUAAUCAUCCACGUACAUCAUCUUACAAGCAAAUAUCACGAAUUAUUUGA